CCGACCUGCCUUCCAGCCCAGAGUGAAUAAAGAAUUAGCACGAGUGGUCCAAAGUUUUGUUUACGAUUCUUGGUGCAAUUUUCGCUUCUUUCGGCCGUGUCCGCGUGCGUGUGUGUGUGUGUCCGCUAGUGGGCUGCCCAUGAUUCAGUAAUCCUUUCACGCACCCUCCCAAAAUAAUGCGAUCCUGGACGACACGAUGGCUUUCUCGAGCGUUGCACCAGAAUUGGCAAGCUGCAAGCGCCACUGCGGAAAACAAGCCCCGCACCUACUCGCGCUUCAUCUCCGUCGUCAGUGGCUUCCCGAAGAACCUGGCCCAGUCAAAGUACAAGCCUGGUAAGAUGGGGGACGAUGCGUGGUUCAUCGCCAACACCAAAACAGCCGACGUCCUCGGUGUCGCUGAUGGGGUCGGCGGAUGGCGCAGUUAUGGAAUUGAUCCGGGCGAGUUCGCGAUGGUGCUGAUGAGGAACUGCGAACGAUUGGUAAAGUUUUCCCGCUUCGAUCCCAUCAAGCCAGUGAACCUGAUUGCGUCCGGAUUUCGGGAACUGCAGGACAACAGGAAAUGCAUUCUGGGUAGCAGUACUGCCUGUAUAGUGGUGUUUAAUCGCGAAGACAGUAGCAUUUACACGGCCAACAUCGGCGACAGCGGCUUCAUCAUAGUGCGCAAGGGUGAAAUAGUGCAUCGCAGCGAGGAGCAGCAGCACUACUUCAACACCCCGUUCCAGCUCUCCCUACCCCCGCCCGGCCAUACCGAUGUGUUGAGCGAUAGGCCCGAGUCGGCCAACACGACCACCUUUCCCGUGUGCAACGGGGACGUCAUACUCGUCGCCACGGACGGUGUGUUUGAUAAUGUACCGAUCAAGCUGCUAGUCGACACUCUCCAGCGGGUGGAAGGAGAAAACGAUCAAGUCAAGUUACAGAUGUGUGCAAAUUCGAUUGCGCUAAUGGCAAGAUCGCUGUCGUUCGAUAGUAAGUUUCUAUCGCCCUUUUCCGUAAACGCUAGGAGAAAUAAUAUCAAUGCAAUGGGUGGAAAACCAGACGAUAUAACCGUAGUGUUAGCGACAGUAGCUCUGUAGCCUCGUGCAUCAGACAGCAUGCAUUCGAAAUGCUGGCAUUGUGCAAAACCGAAAACCAACAAACAUACAAAAAUUAGAACGCAGAACUGCGCGGCCAGGAGCAGCAUUACUGGGGAGGAAGAAAUUACUCUAAUAGAAAACGGGCGCGUGUGGGCAGGCGAACGAACUUCUUAGGCAAAUUAAGUUAGCGAUUGCGGCAAACAAGGAAACGCGAAGGAAAGGACAAACAAAACACAACCACCACCCAUGCAAAGAGAGUUAUCCAGCCCACAGCAAAAUGGGUGGGAACACUGGACGUGCUGGAAGUGCUGGCGGAACGGAACCAUACAUGCAACGCGAAAGGCUGUUGGAAUAAAUUUUGUUGUAGCUUUUAGGUUUAUUGCUUCUUA